ACAUUUUUCUCAAGGAGAAUUAUUAAUCUUUUGUGUUGAGAUUGCAAAAAAAAUGGCACAACUUAGCCUUUACUUGCUAGUCAUCAUGGUCUCUCUCUUUUGCAAUUCAAGCUUAGCUGAACCAGCCUUUGCUAGACAUUCUCAAUCAAAUGGCUACAUCAAGGAUUCAUGUCGUAUCACCCGCUAUCCAUCUCUGUGUCUCCAAUGCCUCUCUAGCUAUGGCAACAGUACUACUAUCCAAAGCCCGGAACAACUUGCUCAAGUCGCCUUGUCUGUGAGCCUAUACAGAGCACAAUACACAAGAGCAUACAUGCUUAAAGUUGCUAAGGAACUUGAGUCAAGCAAGGCCAAGGGGUACUACCAAACUGUGAAAGAUUGCUUGGCAGAAAUCAAUGAUAGUGUAGACCAACUUAGCCAAUCGAUUAGGGAGCUACGUCGCUUGGGGCAAGAAACUGUGGCAAAUGACAUCUUUUGGCACAUAAGUAACGUUGAGACAUGGGUUAGUGCUGCCCUUACUGAUGCAAGUACUUGUUUGGAUGAGUUUCCGGGGCAUAACAUGGGAAAAUUGAAGGCUACGAUUAAGGGAAAGGUGUUGAAUGUAGCACAAGUCACAAGCAAUGCAUUAGCUUUGUUUCAUAGAUAUGCUGCUGCAAAGUAUAGAGAAGCUAAUAAGAAGCCAUAAGGGCUAGCCUUGCUGCCUUUUGAGGCUAUGUGUUUCCCUCUUGUAAUGGAUCAAUCUUGUUCUAUGUUUCAUUUGCUUUGUUGUUGUAAUUAAUAUGUAGUUAUGAAAUAUACUUAAUCAAGAAAUGUGAAUAUGAAGUUUUGUUUGUCCUCGAGUUUGUCUCUAUGUUUACCAAGCUAUAUGUAUGUACUUAUGGGAAAUUUAAUAAAAGUUUAAAGAUCUAUAUCAAGAAAUUCAUUCCUCAACUUUAAA